AUGUCUGGCGAAAAGAAACAAGAAUCCAAACCAAAGCCUUGCUGUGUUUGUAAGGAGGAAAAAUCAGCAAGAGACGAAUGUCUCUUAAUUAACGGUGUUGAUUCGCCGAAGUGUGAUUCUCUCAUCAAGGCGUACAAAGAAUGCAUGAAAGGCUAUGGCUUUGAGAUAUAA